GCCCCCGCGAGCUGCCACGAAGGAGGGCGGCAUGGACGCCACGGCCGUCGCCGCGGCGGCCUCGUGCCCACGGCUGCGCUCGGUGUCACUCUCGUCCCUGCGGUGUGACGCCAGCGCCGCGGCCCUCCUCGGCGGUUGCCCCGAGCUGACCGCGCUGGACCUCGCGGGCUGCCAGCGCUUGCCCUGCUCGGACCCAGAGCGCCUGCGCGCCGCGCUCGCGGCCUCGCAGGGGCGCCUGCGCUCCCUGAAGCUGGGCGACUGCGAGCGCCUGGCGACGCUGCGCGGCCUGGGCGCCUGCUGCCGGCUGCAGAUGGUUCGCAUGUGGCCCCCGAUCUUCCUCGGCGGCUGCUCGCGCCUCGGCGACGCCAGCGGCCUCGGCGACCUGCUCGCGGGCUGCGCGCCGAGCCUCGAGUUCGCCAGCCUCGUCGGCUGCCACGGCUUCUCGCCCUCUGGCCUCCGCGCUGCGCUGCGCGGCGCCGGCGGGCUGCCCGCGCUCCGGACCCUGGUGCUCGGCGGCUGCAGAGUGGACGACGGCGUGUGCGAGGCCAUCGGCGAGGCGUGCUGCGCGCUGGAGUCCCUGGACCUGUGGAACUGCGGCCAGGUCACCGACCGGGGGGUCCUCGCCGUGCUCGGGGGAGGCCCGCCGCUGUCCGAGGUCAACCUGCGGGAGUGCCCCAAGUGGGCGGGGCCGCAGUUCGCGCGCUCGGCGAGGCGGCCUGCGUCCAGAGCCUGCACACGCUGGACGUUGCCUUCGCAGGCUGCAUGGGCGACGACGACCUGCUGCCGCUGCUCGAGAGCCAGCGGGCCACCCUGGCGAACUUCAGCUGCGGAGGCCCCCGCUGCGCUGCGAGCGACAUGGUCCUGAACCGUCUGCCGCCCUGCCUUGCGUCGCUCGACCUGGCUGGCUGCGGCCGCCUGACUUCCGGGCGCUCUCCCGCCUGGGCCGGCUCGCGACCCUCAGCCUGGACGGGUGCGACUCGCAGCCCGCCGACGUCCUGCACGUCUGCGGCAGCUGCCCGCUCACGUCGCUGAACCUCGCUGCCUGCCCCGUCGACGACGAGGCUAUCGCACCCAGCAGGGUCCGUGUCGAUCCGAUGGAUCCGAGCCGAUGCAGAUUCAUUGAGCA